ACAAAUUCGUCCUUCAUUAGACUACUUCUUAACCUCGCAAGAUGAAGUUUCUCGUGGUGAUUGCGUCCUUGGCGGUUGUCUUAACUCUGCAAGAAGUGAGGGGCAGAACUGAGGUCGAGCUCUUGGAGAGCAUUCUUUCCCCUGACAAUUUGGUCAAGACAAAACCACCCGCAUUAGCCCUGAAUGGCACGACUGACGUUGAAUUCGGGAUCCACCCAAUUUGGCUGGAACUGACGCCCAACGGCGUGAUCAGAGGCAAGUCGUGGUACCGAUAUCAAUGGGUGGACGAGCGGCUGGCUUGGACCCUGGAUGAAUCCAAUGGUAUGUUCCAAGCCUUGAGAGUGAACCCAAUCAACCUCUGGGUACCAGAUGUUUUCCCUUACAGCAGGUUUGACUCUCACAAGGCCAUGUUUGCCUUCCAUACUGAUGGAGCAGGUUCCAACGCUUUGAUUUAUCCGAGUGGUAGAGUGCUUUUUGUACCCGAAGCUGGACAGGAGUUCAUUUGCUCGGAUGUGGAUUUGGAUAGCAUUUGGGGCGAACAUGAGUGUCUUCUCAAAUUCGGCUCGUGGACAUACAAUGGUCAUUUGUUGAACAUCAUUCCCUAUGGGGGUAAAACCGAGCUUGAAUUGGGUGACUAUGAAAAAUCAAGUCCUCUUUUGAUUAAGAAGAGCUCUGUCAAGCGGGAGGUUAAAUAUUAUUCGUGCUGUGGCGAUGAGCCCUACCCUGCACUCGUGAUUUCUCUGACUGUUCAGAGAAAAUUCAUCAUUCAGGACAAUGGAAUGAUCAUUCACAACCCUCAACUCAAGAGUCAAGGCGUUCAAUGCGAUUGAGAUCAUCAGAUCAUGAAACUGGUCCCCUCCGAAAGCAAUGCAUGAUCCUUGUUUUAGGCCUAAAUAGACAUUUUCGGAGUAGGAUGCUAAAGCAGAAUAAAUUGAUUUCCUCAAC